AUGAAAUACCCCCGAAGCGCCAUGCGAAAGUCGAGAACUCGAAAGCUACCUCCUGCGUUGAGUCUGCAUAUAACAGCGGCCGGAGAAACAUCCCCCCGCUGCUCAUCUGUCCUGUCGGACUGUGACGCUGACGACGAAGGCUUCAUGUCGACUGGAGAGAUCUUGCCUUCGAGGGCACUCAGUCUAGCAAUACCUCCGGGGCCUUAUUGCCCUCGGAGACCGACAUUGCAAGAAGUGUUGUCGAACACCGCGCCGCCGCCAUGGACGCUCGCCGCCUUCAUGCAGUACCUGUCGCAGAAUCACUGCUUAGAGACAUUGGAGUUUACCAUGGAUGCGAAGAGGUAUGCAAAGCAUCACCGGGAAAUGGUGGAUAAGCACGCAUCUGCCCCUAGCCCGCCCAAGGGCGACGACGCCGACUAUGUGCGGAUGCUGUGGCAAAAGUUAUUAGACGCCUACAUCGCACCCAACGGACCACGCGAAGUCAACUUGCCGUCCGACGUCCGAGACCACCUGUUGUCACAGCCCUGUAAGCGUACCCCGCCCGAUCCAGUCGAGCUCGAUACCGCGGUCAAGAUCAUCUACGAGCUGAUGGACGAGUCGGUGCUCGUGCCGUUUCUCAACUCGGUGUCCUUGUCACGUGGGCCCGACUCGUACGCCAGUCCAUGGACCUCCGAUCAAUCCUCGCCCGACGCCUACCGGAAUCGGUCCCUAGAUGAGCGAACCUUAUCCCCGGCCCAGUCUCGGGGCCGGAGGGGGGGCAGUCCAUCUUCCGGCAUCGACAUCCUUUCCCAAUCAUGCAGAGGGUUACCGCUGCGGCGGACCCAUCAAUCCCACCAUUCGCAUGUGUCUCUCGCACUCGCUAGUCGGUCGGGAGUCUCUCGACUGUCGACAUACCUUUCCGGAUCGUCGGGCACGUCGUCUGCCGAGGGCCCCGAGAAUAUGACUGACGACAGUACCGAUUCCCAAUCACCGACCGGAUCUGCACUGGAGCCGAUGACGCCCCCCAACACCCCGCCUACCUCAAGCGCAGCCUUCGACGCCUCGCCCGGAACCAGCCCGCACUCUGCACGUGAAGGCAGCAGCUGGAAGAAGAUGGGUGCGAAGCUAGGGUGGAAAAAAGGCCGACCCGGUCACAGUUCGCACUCGAGCACCUCCAAAUUCACCUUCGGGAGGGAUACGAGUGACGACAGCCACGGCAACAUCGCGCCUGUGACAACCCCGCCUGCGGGCACUCCCCAUCAUUCUCCAGACUUGCGUCCGCAGUCACCGUCUCUGAUUGACCUGACCGGACGGCGUCCGUCUGUGACGACAGCAAUGGCACGACCAAGCCUGUGUCCGGAGACUGACGGGGAUUUGUUGCGAUCUGAGCGAUGGGUUACAUCAGCGGGGACGAGAGGAGCAAAUAUCAUGAGGGAUGGUGUGGCCGCAGAAGUCAAUGCCCCUGUUGGGUCUGAAGCGGGAAAAAACGAAAGGAUGUUGCUCGAGAAGCGAGAGGCUGCACCGCAGCAGCCAUGUGGCACUGCUACGCAACCCUCCGAGCAGGAUGAGAGUGUCCAUCAUACCUCGGCUCUGGGGGAUAGGCAACUGACCUUGGGUACCUCAUUCGAGACGGCCGAGAUGGAUCUUAAUUUCGAGGAAGUGAACGGGAUCUGGAUUUCGGCGCACCCCAUCUGCCACGAAUCGACCACCAGCCUCUCCACUACUAUCACCGUGGCCAGUAUCCUCGUGGAAGAACAGGCUCUGAAUCUCGAUGCCAGUGUCGCAAGCUCUGCCGCGAGUAUGAUCUCCACGGAAGCGAGUAUUCGAUCCACUUCCACCACGGUCAGCUCUGAUCCCUAUGGCUGGGAAGAAGAGCUGGACCGCAAAACCUUCAUAGAAGGCACGGGGAUCUGUGACGAAGAAGCUGCUCGACGAUCAUCCGUCGGUGGCGGCAUCUUGGAAACCCCAAGCAGAGGCGGGGUGCGUGAUCACCAGAAGGGGCGAUCCGCCGGGAAAAGGAACUGUUUGCUGCACAGAGUGUGGAACGUGUCAGGUUCACGAGGAGAGCGACGGAGCUGCACGAGCGAUGCCGGAACUGGUACUUUGAUUUCUCCUACGAACUACGAAUACCCUACUUUUGCAAUUUGA